AUGAAUCAAUAUGUUGUUCAUUCCUCCCAACAACACACAUCUAUGUCUGAUGUGCUGUAGGAUUUAAGUCAUCUCACGAUCAAACAACUAGUUUACAAAUCUUGACCUUCAUGGCCCAUUAACAUUGCCAUUAGACUGCCUACCAUAUGGACUUGAAUGGCCCAUUUUAAGCCAAAGAAAAGCCUAUUAAUUAGCUCAAGGAGAGUCCCUCCAGAGAGAAUUAUAUAUGGGCUCAUGUGGACAAAGGAUCCUUUAAGAGCCAGGCUAUGAGUGUAAAAGAAGAGAAACACUACACAGUUGAGCUAGAGUAGGCGAUCAAGGCAAAGUCAGUAAGAAGAAAAAGAAGAAGAUGAUGAUGAUGAUGAUGAUGAUGAUGAUGAUGAAGAAGAAGAAGAAGAAGAAGAAGAAGACAAACAUUAGAGGAAAAGAUUCUAAGGUAGUGGAGGCACCAAUUGAUCGUCGCCACCCAUCAUCAGUCGGCCUUCCCCCAUUAUCGACUUCCAUUAUCAUCUUUGAUUUGUGUCGUGGCACCCCUCUGAUGAUGACCCUUUGACUAAGGAGUCAAUACACAAGCUGAUUUGAUACAUAAAUUGUCUAAUACAAAAACUCCCGAGCACUAAGGACUUGAGAUUUACCAAUUCUCUAUCAGUGUAAGGCCUACCAUGAUUCCUAGCCGAAUUCCAUUUGCUGCACACAUCUUCUGGCAUGCAUGCUCCCACAUGUUGUUGUCUCUUUUCGGUAUCUGAAUCUUGUUUGCCUUGCUUCCUUCUUAGGUUGGGCCGAUUUCUUUGAGACUUGUUUACCCAUGAGCCCAUUUGGGUUGUCUAGGUCUCAACAAUACUCCCUCCCCCCCAUUUACACACCUUGCCCUCAAGGUGGAAACCAAGAAAUUGUCACAUGAUGUCACAGACAUUUUCCUAAGUGGCAAACUCGGGUGGCAGCCUGUCCUAAUACAAUAGUACUUUGAGAUAAUGAGGGAAAUAGUGGACGUCCGUACCCAACCCAGAACUAUUGUCCAGUACAAGUCACAAUCCACCAGUAACUCAAGCAUUGCUUGGGGCUCUGCACGUUGCUCCCCCCUCUUUAACUAGAACACAAGGAAUACUAGAUGGACUUGGGUUGAGGUAGGAAGGUCCAAUGGUACACUACUAGCUCAAUGUGGUGAAAGACCUUAAAUGGGCCAUAAAAGUGAGGAGCAAGCUUUGCAUAGGGUCAACAUACGAUGUGUGGUCUGGUGGUAUGGACGUAAGCAAAGGUAGACCCAUUCGCCUACUUAGAACUCAAGUUCUCUUUGUUUGUAGUCUGCAAAGUGCUUCAACUGAGCUUGGGCACGUGUCAAAUUUUGUCUGAGCUACAAUGAUCUCAUCUUGUUCCUACAAUCAUUCUAAAUCACCCAAUGUCAUUGGUUCACUAGUGAAGGUCAUCCAUAAAUUAUCUAAAAUAAGGUCAUCCCUGUGGAAUAGUUGAAGUUCAUGUUCUACUAGAACUCUGCCCAUGGAAGUCACCGAUACCACUAUUUUAGGUGUUCACUAGUGAAACAAUGGAAAUAUGUUUUAAGCUUGCAGUUGAGCACCUCCGAUUGGUCGUCAAUCUUUGAACGAUAAACAUUGGUCUAUUUAAGUGUGAUCCUUUGUUGAUGGUAGAGAGCUUGUCAGAAGGUAGUCAUAAAGAUCUAGUCUUGACUAGUAAGGAUGGACCACAAAAAUCCAUGUAGUUAGACAAUAUCUUGGAUGACCCCUUUGAUUACAAUUUGUGUUGUGACGAGAUGACAAAAGGCAGAAAAAUGAGUACACUUACUAAGUCAAUCAACAAUGACCAAAAUAGCAUUCCAACCAUUGGAGAUGGAGAACCCUUUGAUAAAGUCCAUCAUCAAGUCUUCCUAUAUGUAGUAUGAAAUGAAUAAAGGUUGAAGAAGACCUCUGAUUUACUCAUUUGGUAGAUCAGGCAAGUGGCCACAUAGUGUUUGAUUGUUACUUUCAUUCCUUGCCAACAAAUGCUUUGUUUAAGUCAAAUGAAGGUCCAUUAAAAACUAGAAUGGCCUCCACUUACUACAUCAUAGAACUCCCAAAGAAAGGGUGGAAGAGAUUCUACAGUGGAAGAGGUGACCUUGCUGUAGCAAGUAGUGUCCCUAUUUCACUCACUUAGUAGACAGUUCAUCAAUGAUUCUCUGAAGCAAUUUUUGGCAAGUAAAGUAGCUCUAGAUGAGAGAGAGCUAACAUCUAGAGUCAUACUUGUUCAAGGACCCAAGACAAGGCAACCAUCACUCAGUUCUUAUGGCCUGAUUUGAAGCAUAUCUCAAAGUCAAACAAAAUAACAUUUGCUAGUCAUUUUUGAUAAUUUAAGAGGACCUGAUGUUGCUCUAGAAGGAACUUCAAGCCCCAUUGAUUUGUAAAAAUCAAGAACUUGUAGUCAAGAAGGUAAUACCACCAUCUAAAGAUGGUGAGGACUAUGUGACAUGACUCAGUCAUUGUGAAUUAAAUCACACAAAUAUAAAAUUUAUAAAACUAGAAAAUACGAAUUUUCAGAUAUUUAGAAGUAUUUCUAAAUAAAUAUAUCAAUUAUAAUUCAAUAAAACUUCCAAAAAUAGCGAUAAUUUUUUAAGUCAAUCGCAAGGAUGUAAUAUAAUAUCUAGUAAUUAUUCAGAACUUUUCUCAAUUAAUACGAUUUUCUAUGAAUUUUAUACUAGGAAAUAAAAAGGAAAUAUAUUUAAAAUUCAUGAAAAAGAGAAAUAAGGGUGCGGACGUCGAGAUGAUGUCAGCGCCUAGCGAACGCGAAUCGGGUGGAAAUAAAAUUCUGCCCGACAAUUCUUGCAUAAGCGAUUACAAAUGAUUUAAUUAAUCAAAUUAAGAUCUAUAAAAGUUAGAAGAAUCGUAAUUGAACAAAGUAUAUUUUGGUAAUUGAAAAAUACAAAAAUUAUCACUAAAUGAAGUGUAAAGUAAAUUAAAAGUAGGAAAAUAGAGUUCCGGCAUCACGACGGUGGUACGUCGGCGAUGCUCUAGAAUCUUGAGCAUUCGGGAGGAUCGUUGUGUAGUGUCCACAGCCUCGAAGGCUCUCCUUGGACAAAGACAGCGUGGGCAAUCUCUAGAUCUUCUCGCGAAAUCUAGAGAUCAAUGAAGUGGGUCGUCGAAUCGUCUCCAAUAGUUGUCACUCGGCGGAGCAGAAAAAUAGCGACUUUGCAACUCUCUGGUGACUGUCACCCGACAGAGAGGAGCUGGAUGGAGGUGGGGUGCAUGUUAGGGAUCUUCAUCCUCAGGUCCACGCAGCAAGAGGAGGCUCUUCAUCGUAUCCGGUACACUCUCAAGAGGUGGUGACUCGUCUCCCAAUGGAUCGUCCUCUUCCCGACGAUGGCUUGUUUGUCGAUCAAUCGAAGAUGAUUUACUCGAUGGAUUCGUGAUCCUUUUAUCGCGAAUCGUUCAAUAAUUUUAGUAGCAAUGCUCCGCGAAUCACGUUAACGAGAUUUUUGCCGAUGAUCCAGCGAUUCUCAAUGCUUAAUCCUUCACCGGCGAUCUGCAAGAAAGUCGCGAUAAUCAGAUAAAAUAUAUGAAUUUUGACUCUGAGAGGAUUCAAACACGCGCCGAUCACCCGCCUCUAAGGAAGGUGUGACGCGGGUUUAGUCCCAUAUCAGUUGUGUGCCGAUUUUUCAGACGAAUAUAUAGUAAUGUUAGCUUUGUAAGCAAAGUCCCUUCUCUCACAUGUACGACCACUCCUUUCCCCACAGUCGGCUAGCCACUGGUGACGUGGAAGGGGAGUGGUGCACACGUGCCCCUAUCGGUCCAAGCUAA